AUGGCCGGACUCUCGAGCAUCAGCCCGCAGGUGACGAACCUGGUCAUCAUCCUUGGCAUGAUGCAGGUGUCGAAGCGCAUCCCUUUUGAGGACCCGCAGACCCUCCAGCUGGUGCGCAUCGCCUACGCCGCCAGCAACGCCAUUAUCCUGGCCAUUUACCUGUACAUACAGGCUCAAAUCAACAAGAAGAAGGACCUCACGACUCUAAAGUAUGUCGAGCCUGCCCCGAUGGGUUCGUCUGAAGAGGGCAAGCUCGUCACGACCACCGUUCAUGCCUACGACAAGAGCCAGCUGAAGCAGCUCAUGCGCGGGCAGUUGAUGGGUGUCGGCAUGAUGGCUUUCAUGCACCUGUACAUGAAGUACACCAACCCGCUCCUGAUCCAGUCCAUCAUCCCCCUCAAGAGCGCCCUCGAGGCCAACCUCUCCAAGAUCUACAUCUUCGGCCAGCCCGCGUCCGGCGACCUCAAGCGCCCUUUCAAGACCGGCGGAGGCCUCAUGAGCGGUCUGCAGAGCGGCCCUGCUCAGAGCGACAAGAAGGCCGUUGAGGCUGCCGAGCGCGCCGGCCAUGGUGGCGUAAAGGAGGAGUAA